CGUGUAGCUAACGUUAGCCUGUUAGCAGCUAGUAGCUAACGUUAGCAUAAAGUCUUGCGGCUUCACUGGGAAACGGUACGACUUGACGUUAUUUUGAGCCACGCCAAAAGAAGGAGCUAUCAAGCAUACAUAGUAAUAUUAUUUUAUUACACUGUCUGCUGACCCAACUGCUGCGUGACCCACUCAGCGAGGUACUGAAACUACAUUUUGCUGCCAAGUAAACCUUAGCUAGCUGGUUGAACGUUAGCUGUAUGGCUGCUCAGACCAACAUGAAACAGAGGCGCAUGUGACUGAGGACCACCGUCUACAGCACAUGAUCUGGGCAAGUGGAGGAGAUCGAAAUCAAUCACGGGUCAUUCGCUACAAAGUGGCUAAGUGGACGUGAACAGCCAUGACAGCCAAGACAUCCCUGCUAAAAGUCAUCCUACUGGGAGAUGGUGGUGUGGGGAAGAGCUCCCUCAUGAAUCGAUAUGUCACCAACAAGUUUGACACACACCUUUUCCACACCAUUGGCGUGGAGUUUCUCAACAAGGACCUGGAAGUAGAUGGCCACCUGGUGACCCUACAAAUCUGGGACACAGCUGGCCAGGAGCGCUUUCGCAGCCUGAGGACUCCCUUCUACCGUGGCUCUGACUGCUGCCUGCUCACCUUCAGUGUUGAUGACAACCAGAGUUUCCUCAACUUAGGCAACUGGAAGAAAGAGUUCAUCUACUAUGCAGAUGUCAAGGAGCCGGAAAAGUUCCCAUUUGUGAUCUUAGGGAACAAGCUGGAUGUGUCAGAGAGGCAGGUGUCUACUGAGGAUGCAAAGCAGUGGUGCCAAGAGAACGGCAACUAUCCCUACUAUGAGACCAGUGCCAAGGAUGCCACCAAUGUGGCGGUAGCCUUUGAAGAGGCAGUGCGAAGAGUGUUGGCAAUGGAGGAGAGGACGGACCACCUCAUCCCCACGGACACAGUCAACCUCCACAGAAAGCCUCGCUCCACUGCCACUUGCUGUUCAUAACAUCCAGGGGUUAUCACUCACAUCAAUUUGCUCUUAUGCUUGUGUGAUAUGGCUGUAGGCCUAUAUAUUAUAGUAACAUCUUAUUUAAACUAAUUACGCUACUGGCUUUAUGGUUUGGUAUGCUGUUGAACAGUCGGGUAAUGCUAGGCUUGAACUUGUCUCUACUGUAAUAAAGAGGAAGAAAACACUAAAUUUGUCCCAAUCCAAUUAUAGACCAGCACAGAACAUGUAAUUGUUUACUCAGCUCUGCCACAGCUCAGAGACCUGGGCUGUGAAAAGGUAGCACAGGGUACUACAAAGUGUUUCGGCCCUGAACCAGAAAUGGGGAAGUAAGAAUUAGUGGUGGUGUAACAGAUGUUACUGCCAUAUUUUGCAGAGUUUCACUUCCCUCUUAAAUUGUUUCAAAUUAUCUAUACUGUGACUGUUAGAAUUAAUGUUUAGCUGUACUACCUUUGAGUGAGAUUGUUGUAGAAUUUGCUAAAGUUGGCUCCCAAAUGUGAUACCGCAGAUAGUCUGAUAAACUACAUAAUAUAUUCAUAUUUAAAACAUAAUUACAAAACUGAAAAUAAUUUAUGUAGUCCUCUAACUUUAUUUCUGAAAUUUAUCAUGAAGUAGUUGAGUCUGUGCUCUAUGGAACAGUGAGAAAUGGAAACUUCAUGAUUAUUGCACCUUUUGGCCUUGAUAGUGUGCAUUUUUCUGCAUAUUGAAUGGAUUAUGGUUAUGUGCUGGAAGCACCGAGGGAUAAGAUCCCUAACAGCUGAUAAACAUUAAAGCAAAGUUAACAUGCAUGGCGUACUGUGUAUUUAAAUUUCUGAAAACUGUUUUGUAAUUUGCAAAGUAUACAGUUUUUACCCUAUGGGGAUUCCAGAAAUCCUUGAAUGAACUUCAGGAGGAACAAUAUUCCCUUGAGGGGGUUUCACAAGCUAGUUGUCAUGACAGUAAAACCUAUUUUUCCAUUGUUUAGGUUAUUAUUGUUUUACAUAAUAGAUUUUAGUCUUUGAAGCACUGUAAUUUUUUAUACUAACAAUGUCAACUCUUUCUCAACAGAUUCAUUUUUUUUUUUUUUUGCAUUGAAAUGGUCACCCAUUCAUUUACCUUCACCCUGUGUCGUCCACCCUUCAUUUAUAAUCAAUAUUGUAUGAUUGGUAUGCCAAAAUGUUCAAUAAAAUCCCACAGAAUUGUCUCUUAAA